GCAGAUUAUUCUUCAGGGGAUAUCGCUAUGUCAUGUUGGGCUUUUUCUAGGAGUGCUACUCUUAUGUAUUUUAUUCGUUGUCAUUGCACAUUAUUGCUCUGCAUACUUGGAGUUAACUGGAAAAUAACUUCGCCGUGACCUGAGAGGGAACGAGUGUGUUUACAUGAAACUGAGCACUUUCAACUUAGACGAAUGAGAUUGUUUGUGAAUUUUGAAAAAAAAGAUUCAAUUUAUAUGAAAUAGGCAAAAGUACUUGAUAAGUUCAUUUUAAUUGUGUGAAAAGUACCUUUGUUAUUCAAUGAGAAAAUGGAUAUUGUUGUAAAAAAAGAGAGAGCAAGUAUCGACCCUUAAUUAUUGUUCUAUAAUGACGCAAUAAAAGCCAUGGGGUCCGUUUUUACUACGACACAUGUUGUUAAUAUAUAAAUGCUUCUUCCUAUAUUGACCUCCAGGUUUCAUGUCGGGUAUCAGAGGGAGCAGUCAUUUAAAUCCUUCAGGACAAGCUGUGGGAGUUAUUUUUUUGAUCGAUUUAAAAGACUACUCGCAGGAGGAGCAUAACGUUCUCUGAUUCUGUACUUGUAAAUGUAAAAUGCCGAUGAGAAGAUUAUAUUUUGAAAAAUAAAAUUCCAAUUGUCCAAUCAAAUCACAGUUGUAUUCUCGUUUACUUGAAAGGUGAGAGAGGAAAUGAAAUACACAACAGCAAACCACGUGUUGUCUUAUUUCCGUCGUAAACUCUUCUGAACUUUAAGGGACAGGUUUACUGUGGAGCUGGCUUCAAAACUGACAGGACAAGUGAUGAAUGUGCCCGACAAAAGUCAUCACUUCAAUCCGUAAUCUCCAGACCUGAACAGAGGGAUACAUUUACAUGCAAUUUAUUUUUUGAAGUUGGAGUGGUACAAGAUAAGCUUUUUGUGAAGACUGUGCAGCUUAUGGAAAUAAGAUUUGUGUUGUAAUUCCGAUGGAUUUACCUGAUCGAUAUGUAAUGCUUUGGAGAAAAGUCUUAAAAGCACACUAAGCUUGAUGGAUGCUGCAGCAAGUUUACCUCAAUAAAAGAUUUAUUGUCCUAUUUAUUAUUAUCAUAGUGAUGUUUCACCGUCCCCGUGCAAAAUUUUUGAGUUUAUAAAUGACUUUUGAUAAAGUAGACCAACACAAGAACUCGGAUAUGAGUAGUAUAUUCGAUCCGUUUCGAUGCAAAUUGUGCAUUUCAGUGCCGAGAGGUAAACGAAAGGUGUUGAAGAAAAUUCUUCAUCCAUUUAUAAAGUGGAUUGAUCCAUCCUUCGAAUUCUUAAACAUUCAAGAAAAUGGAAAUCAAACACGAAAUAGCAUAAAUCUUCAGGAACAUCCACAGCAGUGUGAGGUGGAAUAUAUAAGAGCACCUGCUAUUAGUGUCAUAUUAUUUCUAGCUGAAAAUGGCACAAUGUCUUCAAAAGAUGUCCAGAAAAGUUUUCUCGUGCCACCCUGGGAGUACCACCAUAAAGUUGAACUUUUUAAUGUGCGUUCUCCAGAACGGACCGCAGCUUGCCAAGAAUUCUAUGGAAUAGCAGAUGAUAUGCCUCUAUGGUCUGUCUGUCCUGUUCACUAUGGAAACGAGCAUCUCAGGGUCCUUAUUUACGUGAAGAAUUUUGAGAAGAUGGUGGAAUUUUACAGAGUGAUAACGGACUGCGAGAUGGAAAGUAACAAACCUGGUUUCUGUAUUUUUCAAACUUAUUCCAAUCCAGGGGUAGACAUUCAAAUAGCGUUAAAAUACUCUAAAUUCAUCCAGCCCUAUCCGAUAUCAACAACAUUCUUAGCUUUCAAAGUGACAAAUGUGGAUUCUAUUAAAACGUUUACUGGAUGCACAAUGGUUAAAAUAAGUGACAGUUCAUUCAUAGCUACUGAUCCCGAUGGAAAUGCGGUUCAUUUGCACCAAGUUCAAAAUCAAGAGGUUUCACAGGCAAGAAAAUCUAGUGUUAUUAAUAAUAACAAAUUACAGGAAGACAUUAAAAGUUGUCGAAGUUCUGAUAGUCAUGACUCGGGGCGAUGCUCUGAUAGCGAAAUUUGGAAUAGCGAGCCCGAACCUAAUAAAAGUGACUCUUUUGCAACUCACAGCCAAAGAAAAUGUGUACCUCAUUCUACUAGUUGUACUUCUAUUAUGCCAUCAAAACAUUCAUCAAACCCGGUGGCUAAAUGCAAAACUAAGGCAGUAUAUUUAUGAUAGGAAUUUAAAUUAAUCUGUGUGCAAACAUAUAACUAUAUUGUGUUUAAUAUUAACGGUUUUUGUGCAAUAAAUAUAUUUUGAAAAGU